AUGCGUUCACCCCUACCCCUCCUAUCAGGCCUCAGCCUCCUCCUCCUCACCCUCCUCACCCUCCUCACCGCCCCCGCACCCACAACCGCAUCAGUGAUCGGCAUCGACUUUGGAGCAGAAUGGUUCAAAGUCUCCCUCGUCAAAGGCGGCGUCCCGCUCGAGAUUGUCCUGAACGCAGAGACGAAACGCAAGACCCCCGCGGUCGUGCUGGUUCGGGAGGGCGAUCGCCGGUAUGGGGCUGAUGCGGUCGCUUUGUCCACCCGCUUCCCGCAAGACACGUACCCCUCCCUCAAAAACCUGCUCGGGAAACUCUACGAAGACCCCGUCGUCGCCGAGUACCGGCAGACAUUCACCAACACGAUGAUCCGUGACCCCGAACGCGGGACGGUCGCUUUCAGGCAUAAUGAGACGACGACGUACUCCGUGGAGGAGCUGGUGGCGAUGCAGCUGGCGUUUGCGAGGAAGCAGGCGGAGGCGAGCGGGGGGGAGUUUGUUGCUGGGGCUGUUAUUACGGUGCCGCCGUAUUGGGGACAGUUCGAGCGUGCGGCGUUGUUGGAGGCUGCAAAGUUGGCUGAGUUGAGGGUGUUUGCUCUUAUCAAUGAUGAGACUGCUGUCGCCGUGAACUACGCCAGUGCGAGGAACUUUCCCGAACCCCAGUACCACAUCUUUUACGACAUGGGCGCCGGAAGCACCGUGGCCGCGCUCGUGAGAUUCAACACAACCUCAGGGAAAAAGACCGGAGGAGUCACCGAAAUCGAUGUGUUGGCGGUCGGCUACGACCCCAGUCUUGGCGGUCACUCCCUCGACGUCAAACUGCAGCGCUACCUAGCAUCCGAAGCGGUCGCCAAGCUCGGCGACAAAUUGAAGGGUGAUCUCUACAAGGACUCCCGGGCGAUGGCCAGACUCUUAAAGGAGGCGACCCGGGUAAAACAGAUCCUGAGCGCAAACACGGAAACGACGUCCUCCAUCGAGGGCCUGAUCGAAGACCUGGACUUCCGGACCAAAAUCACCCGAGCGAAGCUGGAGGAGCUGUGCAAAGACGAAUACGCACGCGUUUCGGGACCCGUGGAGAGCGUGCUCAAGCAGGCAGACAUCACGAUCGACAAAAUCAACUCGCUUGUUCUUGUCGGGGGUGGGGUUAGGGUGCCGUUCGUGCAGGCUGCGUUGACGGGGUUGGUUGGCGAGGCCAAGAUUGCGAAGAACAUCAAUGGUGAUGAGGCGGCGGUUAUGGGGGCUGGGUUCCGGGCGGCUACUAUUAGCCCGCAGUUCAGGGUUCGGGAUAUUCGCAUCAAGGAUAUCAACCUGCUCCCGGCCGAGAUUGCGUACGAGACUGAGCCUAAAGAAGGAUCCACACCACGGACUAUUCGCACUACCAUCUUCAGCGACAAGACUCUGCUCGGGGCCAAGAAGCUCAUGAACUUCAAGCGCAAGACUGACUUUGAGUUCGAGCUUACCUACAAGUUGGAUGGCCAACCCAUCAUCCUAACCUCCAAAAUCGCCGGCCUGGCCGAAGCCAUCGAAAGCCGCAAGAACCGAACCGUCGAGGAACCCAAAGUGAAGGCUCUCCUGGAACUCAGCGAGUCGGGAAUCAUCACUGUCACGGAAGCCACUGCGCAGUUCAGUGUUGAGGAGGCGGCGGCGGGCAAAGAUGCACCUUCUAUCAAAGACACUGUAUUGAACUUCUUCAAGGGCAAGAAGGGCGAUGACAAGUCUGACGAGACUGAGUCGCAGAAUGUGUCGGAGGAGGUCAACGCCGAGCUCCCGAAGUUGAACGCCACCACCAACGCCACAGCCCCGAAGGUCCUCACGGAAACCGCAAAGCUCAACCUCACCAUCAGCUGGGCAACCGUGAAACCUAUCUCGGAGGAGGCGCUUGCCGUGUCCAGAGCCAAACUCGCCCACCUCGAAAAAGCCGACUCCCACCGCCUCGCCCGCGAAGAAGCGCGGAACACCCUCGAAUCCUUCUACUACUCCGCCAAACAGCUCCUCUUCGAAGACGACAUCGAGCACACCUCCACAGAAGACGAGCGCAACAUCUUUACCAAAGCAUUCGACGAGAUCUCCGACUGGCUCUACGACGCGGCUGACUCGGCGCCCAUUGAUGAACUCAAGGCGAAGCUGAAGUCGUUGAAGGAUGUGCACUCGCCGUUGGUGUUUAAGCAUAAGGAGCAUCGGACCCGUGAUAAGGCCGUGGAGGCGCUGAAGAGCGGGUUGGGGACGGCGAAAUCGCUGUUGGUGGGGUUCCAGAACGCCACUUUGGGAAGCGCCGACGACACCGAGCCCCGGUACACGAAGCUGGAACUGUCGGCGUUUGAGGACCUCGUGACGGGGAUGGAAGACUGGCUGACGAAGAAGUUGGAGGAACAGGCCAAGCUGAAACCCUACGAGACGCCGGUGCUUGUUGUGAAGGAGUUGAAGAAACGGGCGAAGGCGGUUGAAGCUGAGGCGCAGAAGUUGUUGUUGAAGCCGAUCAAGCGGAAGACGAAGAGUCAGAGUAGCAAGACUACCUCUACGUCGACUUCUACUGCGACGGCUACGUCUACGAACACGACGACCUCCACCACCACGACGAGCACGAAAGCGACUAUCCCAGCUGAGACCGUGACCGAAACCGAGACCGCGUCCCAAUCGACGCCCACCGCGUCCUCAGACAAGACUGACCCCGAGACGCCGGCGCCAGAGGCGAAGCAUGAUGAGUUGUAG